GGAGGAUUGUAUCUUCAGAGAGCAGCAGUGUGGGUAUUGCUCCAUAAAGACUACAGCUGAUAAGCUUGAGGAACAUCUUGAAAAGGAGUGCCUAGAAUACCCUGUGGAUUGUUUGCAGUGUAAAACUGAAAAAAUUCCACGAAAGCAGCUUUCGAGUCACCUUGAUCCUGUUAAUGGAGACUGCGAAGCUGUUAAAGCCCCGUGUCCUUUUCAUAAAGUGGGAUGCAAACAUAAAGGGGAAAUGAAAAGGAAAGAACGUAGAAGACACCAGGAUAAACAAGUAUCUGAUCAUUUGACACUCCUUUUUCUGUUUGUGGACCAAUUGUCUAACUUGUUUCAUUCCAAACUUGGCGAUGUUGACGCCGGAGUCAUUUCUAAAAUGGAUGCAAUCCUUAAAACUUUACAAAAUAAGAUAGAUGUCAUAAUCGGUGAAAAUUCUGACCUGACAUCAAUGGUUCAAGGACAUGGCACUCGCAUAAGUAAUCUUGAACAAAAUAUCAAGCGUUAUUUAAUGGAUGACGUGGUAGCCGACAGUGCUCCCUUAAAUUCAUCAGCGCAUCGCUCUUCGCAAGCUGAAAUUGUGAAUAUUCUACAAAAGCUGGACAAUCAGGAUGCUAAGGCAGCCAAUCAUGAAGUUCUUUUGGUUGAAUUUAACUCGGAAAUGCAAAAUAGGAAUAGAGAAAUAAAAAGACUGGAGGCUCAGCUUAAAACUGCUAACGAUGAGAUAAGAAAACUUCAACGACGGACGGAGUAUCUAGAACAUACUCUAGGUGCUAGGAACAUUGCUAUAGCUGAGCUAGAAGAUUACGUUAGGCAAGAGCAAUUCUCAAGCUACAAUGGUGUGCUUUUAUGGAAAAUUACUGACUUCACCCGAAAACGAAAUGAGGCGAGAUCCGGCCAACACGUAUCUACUUAUAGUCCCUGUUUCUAUACUAGUCGUCACGGUUAUAAGAUGUGCGCGCGCAUCUAUCUAAACGGUGAUGGUAUCGGAAAGGGAACACAUUUUUCAAUAUUCUUUGUUGUUAUGCGCGGUGAGUAUGACGCAAUACUCCGCUGGCCAUUUAGACAAAAGGUCACCUUUAUGUUAUUAGAUCAGGAUAACGUAGAACACGUAGUUGACGCCUUCAGACCUGAUCCGAAUAGCUCCUCAUUCCAGAGACCAAAAAGGGAUAUGAACAUAGCCAGUGGGUGCCCGACCUUCUGUGCUAUGACACAGUUAAAUAACCACGCUUAUGUAAAGGACGAUACCAUGUUUAUCAAAGUUAUUGUUGAUAUUGGGAACUUAUAACCUUUAAACAAAGCUGCAAAAAAAUUUUUCCUGCAUAAUCUUGUUGAUCUGAAUUUAUGAUGUAUUAUAUGAUAAUCCUCGAGUGCUAUUAGGCUAAGCGAAUUGUGAAAAUGAAAAUGUUUUUAAAGUGGUUUUAAUUUCGAUUGGUAAUGCCCACUUUUCCAAGCCCACGCGUGAAACUUUACAACUUACUUUUCGAAUUUAUUUCAAUAUUGGAUAGUGUUUCUGUGGUUAUAUAGAGAAAGACAAACUUGCUCACUGAAAAAU